CUCCCAGCCGGCCCAGCCCCCUCCCGAUUGACCUUUGCCAUUUGGUCCAGUUGCCCUAGUCUCCCAGGUUCCCACUCGGCCACUCCCAGCCCUCCCCCGAAACUCGAUCCCUUUCCCCGACUUGCCGCCGCGCAGCUCUUCGCUCACACGCCGCGCCGCCGGCCGUGAAGCCCGUCCGCCGAGCACCACCACCCCUUCCCCCUUCGCCUCCUUCUCCUCCCUCCCUCACUUCCCCCAAAAUCCCGCCACCCCCCUCCUCUCUCACUGCCGUGAGCCGCUUGGCGGCAACAGAGCCGCCACCCGUCACCGCCGUCUCCCCGCCCCUCUUCAGUCUUCCUUUCGCCACAGUUCACUCGAGCCCCCGACCACCCCACCUCCCCGACUCCACCGACCGCACCACAGCACCAAGCAGAGUCGCCUUUGUGACGAAUUAGGGAUUCGGCCCACGCGACCUACUGGCCCCUUCGGUUUCGAUUUGGAUCGAGAGAAAGAGGGAGGGAGCCGCGAUGGGGAACCGGAAAAUCCCGAGCUCAGGAACUCAAUUAGGACGAGAGAAGCGGAAGAGGAGAACGGAAAAGCAUAGCUUGCCAGUCGCAAAUAGGGUCGAGGCCAUGGAAGAGAGGAAUAGGGGAAAAAUAUCAGAUGAGAAAAAUGAUGUGAAAUCCACCAAUUUGAAAAGUACUGAUUCUGAUACACUAAAGAAGUCCAACUUGAAUGAGUCAAAGCCUGCUAAUUCAAGGAAACGUAGGAGGCAUAGAAAAAGAGGCAAGAUAAGGCCUUCUGACAGUGGUUCUAUGGUAUGCUCCUCAUUCUUAGCUGCUCAAAGUGGCACCUCUGCUAAGAGGUCAUUUUUACCAGGGAUUGUAGGGAAGGGCCAUAGGUUGAAGAAUUUUAGUAUCAGAACAGCAAUUGGCGACACUAAGGGGUCAUCAGAGGAGAAGGAAAAUAGUGCUUUGAUCAUAGAUGCUCAUGUUGAUUUGACUAAAAGCAAAAUGCAUACUGGAAUUAGUUCAAACUUGGGUACUGUGAAAAAUACUCAGUCCAAUAAAAGAAGAAAAGCAGAAAGGGGGAAACAGAAGGUUUUUUCCUUGUCUCAGUAUAGAACUGGACUUGAUCGAGAAAAAUAUUCUGCUUUGCGUUCAUCUAAAUCAGACAUUGCACAAAGAGAAGUUGUGGGAAAGAAUAAUAUCAAUGCGUCAGAGAAUGUGAAACCUGCAGAUCGUAAAGAUUAUGUUUCAAAUGUAAUGCCUUUGUGCAAUCACAGAGACGCAACUCGUUAUCAGGAUGGGAGAGAAGUGCCUUCUUUAUCAGUGAACCAUGCUGUGGAGCAUUGUAUCUCCGUAGAUUUGACUAGGAACCAGGAUAAGAAAUUGGAUGCGCUGCAUGUUUCACCAGGAAGAUCAUUAAUUAGUUGCACUAAAAAAAAGUUGCUUGUUCUUGAUCUUAAUGGAGUGCUGGCUGAUGCUGUCCUUGAUUAUCGGAAAACCCUUAAUGCAGAUAAACGGAUUGACAAACAAGCAGUCUUUAAAAGGCCAUUCUGUGACAAUUUUCUGAACUUCUGCUUCGAGAAAUUUGAUAUAGGGAUCUGGUCAUCAAAAUUGAGAAAAAAUGUUGAUGCUAUGGUUGAUUAUCUCAUGGGGGAUGCUAAACAUAGGUUGUUGUUUUGCUGGGAUAGAUCCAAAUGCACUCUCACUGGGUUCUCAACAGUUGAGAAUGUGGAAAAGCCAUUGGUUUUGAAAGAAAUGAAGAAACUAUGGAACAAAGAGGAUCCUGAUCUUCCAUGGGAGAGUGGAGAGUACUUGCCAUCAAAUACGUUGCUGGUGGAUGACUCUCCUUACAAGGCCCUCUGUAAUCCUCCGCACACUGCUAUCUUUCCAUAUCCCUACCAUUUUUAUGAUGAAGGUGACAAUUCUAUAGGUCCAGGAGGAGAUAUUCGAGUCUACUUAGAAGGGCUAGCUAUGGCUGACAAUGUCCAACACUAUGUUUUUGCUCACCCAUUUGGCCAGCGAGCAAUAACAGGGGCAAAUCCAUCUUGGAAGUUCUACCAACAAAUUAUUGAUAAAUUUGGGAAUUAUUCUUCUCCAACCUGAGCGGACACUGAUGACAUUUGAGAGUGCAUCUAACUAAUGGUGACCAAAUGAGAAAUAGGAACUGAUUUGCUGUGAUUGUUCUCACCCCUGCCAACAGUAAAAGCAUUAUUGUAUCAAGCCGGACGAUUGAUCAUCAAGCGAGACAUCCGAUUUUGCUGUUUGACCUGUUACUAUUCGGUGCUUUAUACUGUUGUCAUCUAAUGUGAAAUGUAACACAUCUUUUAUUCAUUUUUCUCACAAAAACAUGUCUUCUAUUCAUUAUAUUAUUUCAAUUCUUUGAUAGAAUUGGAGGUUAUUACUUGUUCUCUUUACCAGUGAUUGGGAUGUUGAGUUGAAGAAAGAUGUGAUCUACUACAAAUAGGUUUUAGGAUGCCAUAAAUACCUGUGUACUCCUUUCCCAUGUACAUCUUGGAUUCAUGAAAUUUUACCAAGAGAUGAGAAUGGUGGUUAGAACAAUCUGAGGUCUUUUUCUUUCGUUUGAA